GCCUUCUGAGUUCAUCCCUCCUCACUUAGCUCGGAAAGAAAGAGAAGAAGGACUAAUAGUCGAACUCCUCUCUCUCUAGUCUCUUCCCCCUUGCCCGCUCUCUCUCUUUGUAGUUUUCGAGAUUUCAGCGGAAACAGAUCGGUGGACUAGGUUGAGGAGUUCUGAGGAGCACGCAUCUACUCCCUCUAUCUAUCGCUGUCCCCUUGCAUUGCUUCGUUGAAGUAGUUGAAAGCUUCCUUUGAGCUCUACGUCCGUAUUUAACUAGAAAGAUUUGAAAUCCGCUGUCUAUUGAUGCUGGUUUCACUAAAAAGCUUCAAUCUUUGAGAUGCCGACCAGGCUAGGCCCCUUCGAACAAAUCGCUUCUGGGACAUUUCACAGGCGAUGUUAGUGGAGAAUAACGAGGUAUUGGCUGGAUAAGGAGCUGGAUUUGAGCCGAUAUGUUGAAUUGGAAUGAAAUGAAGAAACUCAAGAUACCAUUCUGAGAGUUGUAAAGCAAUUUCUUCUUUGGCAUUCUUAAUAGCUAUUAAUGGAUCCUCAGAUGCUCUCAGCAUCAGUUACUCUAUUAUUCCUUUUAUUCAUAGCAAAUCCAGUCAGGUCAGAUUUAACUGCUGACAAACAAGCUCUCCUUGCAUUUGCUGCUGCAAUACCCCAUGGCAGGAAACUCAACUGGAGUUCCAAUACUCCAGUUUGUUCCUUGUGGGUUGGAGUCAGAUGCGCACCUGACCAAAGCCGUGUUAUUAGUCUAAGGCUACCCGGGGUUGGUCUCCUUGGCCCAAUUCCUGCAAACACACUUGGAAAGCUUGACGCCCUUCAAGUUUUAAGCCUCCGAUCCAAUGGCCUUGCCUCAAAUAUUCCUCCUGAUGUCCCAUCAAUUCCUUCUCUGCACUCACUCUUCCUUCAACAUAACAAUUUAUCUGGUGACAUACCCAAUUUGCUCACACCAAACCUUACCUUCUUUGACGUUUCUUAUAACUCUUUUAUAGGAGAAAUUCCCUUAGAAAUCCAAAAUCUAACUCACCUAACUGCAUUGUAUUUACAGAACAAUUCUCUAUCUGGUAAUAUCCCUGACCUCAAGCUACCAAAACUAAAGCAUUUAAAUUUGAGCUUUAACAAUCUUAGUGGGCAUAUACCAAUCUCCCUCCAAAUCUUCCCAAAAGAAUCAUUCUUAGGAAACUCUUUCUUAUGUGGUCCUCCUCUAGAUCAAUGCCCUGGAACACCUUCACCAUCUCCAGCACCAACAACUCAACCACAUCACAAAAGAAGUUUCUGGAAAAAAUUGGGUAUAAAGGUUAUAAUUGCAAUUGCAGCUGGAGGUUUAGCACUACUCCUGCUUCUGGUAAUUGUUCUCUUGCUAUGUAUUUUGAGGAGAAGGGAUAGAGAAGACUAUAGAUCAUCCAAAGGGAAAGGCAUUGCUGGUUCAAGGGGUGAAAAGCCUGUAGAGGAGUACAGCAGCGGGGUUCAGGAAUCUGAGAAGAACAAACUGGUUUUCUUUGAAGGAUGUUCAUAUCACUUUGACUUAGAAGACCUACUGAGAGCAUCUGCUGAAGUUCUUGGUAAGGGAAGCUAUGGAACAACAUACAAGGCUGUUCUUGAGGAUGGAACCACUGUAGUAGUUAAAAGGCUCAAGGAAGUGGUGGUGGGGAAGAAAGAUUUUGAACAACAAAUGGAAAUGAUAGGAAAGAUUGGCCAACACCCCAAUAUUGCACCACUCCGCGCUUAUUACUAUUCCAAGGAUGAAAAACUUCUGGUCUAUGACUAUGUUCCUUCAGGCAGUUUUUCGGCCAUGCUACAUGGGAACCGAUCCAAUGGGAAACCUCCACUGGAUUGGGACUCAAGAGUGAAGAUUUCUUUGGCGGCAGCCCGCGGAAUCGCACAUAUUCAUGCAGAAGGUGGGGGGAGGUUUGCCCAUGGCAACAUAAAAUCCUCGAACGUCCUACUCACGCAGGAACUCGAUGCCUGUGUCAUCGACUUUGGCCUUGCUCCCAUCAUGAGUACAGCAGCAUCUCCAUCUCGGGUCGUGGUGGGAUACCGUGCUCCGGAAACCAUUGAAACCAAAAAGGUCACUCAGAAAUCUGAUGUGUACAGCUUUGGAGUCCUGCUGCUUGAGAUGUUAACUGGGAAAGCUCCAAUACAAUCACCAGGGCGUGACGAUGUGGUUGAUCUGCCGAGAUGGGUGCAGUCUGUGGUCAGAGAAGAAUGGACUGCUGAAGUGUUUGAUGUGGAGCUGAUGAGGCAUCAGACCAUAGAAGAAGAGCUAGUGCAAGUGCUCCAGAUUGCAAUGGCUUGUGUUGCAAGAGUUCCAGAUCAACGUCCCAAGAUAGAGGAGGUGAUAAGAAUGAUUGAGGAAUUCCGACAGUCUGACUCAGAAAACCGCCCAUCCUCUGAGAAAUCUAAGGAUUCUGUUACUCCUACACCAUGACAGAGCAAAACAAGUAGCAGCAGUUUGCUUUGUGCCAGUUAGCUUCAGUGGAGGUCUUUCUGUUUGAAUUGUUAUUAUUUUUUGUGUGUAGAACUGGUAAAAAAUGUCUUCCUCUGCCUAACCAUUUCUUCUGAAUUAGGGUGCAUAUUUAUUGUAAACAUCUUAUAUUCAUGAUUCAUAGAUGAUUGAAUUUCUGAUUCCAGUUGUGUGAGUUUCUUCUGAUGGUAAAUUGUUGUUUGUACUCGAUUCCAUAAGCACAGAGAUAUUCUGUUCUUGCUUUCUUAAUUCAA